ACUGGCUGCAAACCAUACCAUGAAUAAUAAAGGUACAGGUGUUGAAGUUUAUAGAAUAUCCUUUAUAUUUCCAAAUCAGGAUAAGUAUGAAGGUGAAUGUACAAGAACACUUGAGGGAAGUCUUGAAAGAAAUGGACAUGGAGUGCAUACCACUCCUAAUGGAAUUAUAUAUAGAGGAAACUGGAAGAAUGAUAAGAUGAAUGGUUUAGGAAGGCUGGAGCAUCCGUCAGGUGCCAUUUAUGAAGGCGAAUUCAAAGACAACAUGUUGCAUGGAAUAGGAACCUACAUGUUUCCUAAUGGAGCAAAGUACACUGGUCAGUUCAAUGAAAACAAGUUGGAAGGGCAGGGAGAAUUUACAGACACACAAGGCCUGGAAUGGGAUGGUAGAUUUCAUUACACAGCAGCACCAGGGCUGAAGCUCAAGCUGGAAAUGUAGGAUAUUUUAAACUGGAGAAAAGGCGUGGAAU